AUGUCCAACAUCCAAGCCCUCAACGAACCCUCUCUUUGUCAAACGCCGCAUGAAGAAGUGUAUCGGGCAUUACACGAGCGCGAUAUCUCGGCGUUUCAUGUCAAAACGGAGUAUAACGAACCCGGUAUCAUAGUCAGCGCUGCUGUAACCCUAACAUCACCAUCCGAUGUUGCCAAGGUCAUUAAUCUCCCACACCUUACUGAUGCUUCCUGGGCUCCGAGGAAGAACUACUGGGACGUUAACAAAGUCAUCAAUCCUGGUCCAAACCUAUUUAGUCCGGGACUUCGAUUGCGACGCCAUUUGUGGCGGGGCCGCUGCCUUGACGGUCCUCAGAGUGAAAGGGAAGAGUUUGGUCCCUCGGUUCGCAACAGACUCCAAAUGACUGCUGUCGGCCUGCCGAUCUCGAACAGCUUCGAUGGCGCGUACCUACAAACCGUUGCACAACAAGGUGCAGGUCUGAUCUAG